GGGUGUGGUUGAAUUGUGCUUACGAGAGCUUCCCAUCCAGCAUUAACCCUGGACGAAUGAUUGCAUUUAAGGGACAAUUAAGAUCCACUUGCUUGUAUAUAUAUGUAUAUGUAUAUAAAUACGUAUAGUAGCUAUUUGUAAUUAUAGAUAAUUAGUGAAGUAUAAAUUUGUAUAUUUGCACCAAUGGGCGCGUUUUCUGCUCCUCCGGCAAGAUAAGUCGCUUUUGGUUUUAUUUCUUAUUUUUUUAUUUGUCCAUCAAAAGCCCGAGCUUUACACUUUUCAUGUGUUUCACGAUUUAUCUUAUAAUUCAUAUUUGGACAAGCAGACGACGAACAUAACGGAGCAAGGAGAGAGGGAGGAAGGAGCUAUCAAGCUAAGAGAGGAAGGAAACGAGGGAUCACGAUAAUACAAACAGAAAGACGAAGACCGAUACCCUAACGUAACAUCUGCAAGGAUCUUUGACAACUGUUUGGUGCUAACGAUUCAUUUUGGGAAAAUUCCUCAAAUUGUAGAUGCUUAAUCUAUAUCCUUGCAUGCCUAGGUGUCGUUGGAGUGUAACAAGCAUUUCAAGAGGAAAACAAUAGCCUACAACAACGCCAAAUACUGCAUCUUCUGAAGAGGCCCAUAAAAUAUUAUUUGUUGAACUGCUAUUUCGAGAACGUAUAUGUGCUUAUUUUUGUUUGAUGAAAAAAAGGGCAAGGAGGCGAGAUUUAAAGCUGUUACUGGGAAACAAAAUAUUGGCAUUUUUAAGAAGACGAAAGAAGUCGUAUCUACUUGAAGAUUAAUAACUGUUGCUACUGUUCUCAAUCAGAACAGAGUCAUCGGGAAAUAGAAGAAACAGUCAGGUUGCUGAUUGGCUGAGCUGUGGUGGGCCUGUGAGGCUAGCAACCAAUCAACAAUGAGUGAGCUGGAGCAGCUGCGCCAGGAGGCGGAGCAACUGAGGAACCAGAUAAGAGAUGCUAGGAAAGCUUGUGGGGACUCCACCCUGACGCAGGUAACCAGUAUCUGGGACCCUGUAGGGCGGAUCCAGAUGCGGACGCGGCGUACUCUUCGCGGACAUCUGGCCAAGAUCUACGCCAUGCACUGGGGCACGGACUCCAGGCUGCUCGUCAGUGCCUCCCAGGAUGGCAAACUGAUCAUCUGGGACAGUUACACCACUAACAAGAUGCAUGCCAUUCCGCUGCGCUCCUCCUGGGUGAUGACGUGCGCGUACGCCCCCUCUGGGAAUUACGUGGCCUGCGGGGGCCUGGACAACAUCUGCUCCAUCUACAGCCUGAAGACGCGCGAGGGCAACGUGAGGGUCAGCAGAGAGCUGCCGGGACACACAGGUUACCUGUCCUGCUGCCGCUUCGUCGACGACAAUCAGAUCAUCACAAGUUCGGGAGACACAACCUGUGCACUCUGGGACAUCGAGACGGGCCAGCAGACCACGGUGUUCUCCGGCCACAGCGGCGACGUCAUGAGCCUCUCGCUCUCCCCCGAUUUCCGCACCUUCGUGUCCGGCGCGUGCGACGCCUCCGUCAAGCUCUGGGACAUCAGGGACAGCAUGUGCCGACAGACCUUCACCGGCCACGAGUCGGACAUCAAUGCCGUCUGCUUCUUCCCCAACGGCAGCGCUUUCGCCACGGGCUCGGACGACGCCACGUGCCGGCUCUUCGACCUGCGGGCGGACCAGGAGCUCAGCCUCUACUCGCACGACAACAUCAUCUGCGGCAUCACCUCCGUGGCCUUCUCCCGCUCCGGCCGGCUGCUGCUGGCCGGCUACGACGACUUCAACUGCAACAUCUGGGACGCCAUGAAAGGGGACCGUGCCGGAGUGCUGGCUGGCCAUGACAACCGCGUGAGCUGCCUCGGGGUGACGGACGAUGGGAUGGCAGUUGCCACGGGCUCCUGGGACAGCUUCUUAAAGAUCUGGAACUGAGCUUCUGGGAACACCAUCCACCGAGACACUCAGACACAGACGCAUACAGCAACACACAGUACAUGCACACACAACACUUUAACAACCUCUCCGUGCAAAAGUGAACACAUUUUGGUACACGUUUUACGCACACCCAUAUAAACACUGUACAUAUAAUACGUUAUACAAGGACACAUUGUAAACACGCUCAUUGUACAUAAUGCAUAUGCAGCAUAACCCGAUACGUUCACACACAGACAUGCAACGUACAUACCACAUGUACCACACUUACAGUGGCCACUGUCACACACAUACUGUAUACUGUACAUGUGUAUUACAGACACACACACUGUACUGUACUGUGCACAAGCACAUUGUGUACACCAACACAGAGUGCAUGUUUACAGUAGAAUACAAAAAUCACGCAAGGUGCCCAAGAUAUACUUCACAAAGAACUACAAAUCGUGGGCAAUCACAGUUGACUAGUGUAAUAUCUCACUGAUCACCACAACACAUUUAGAACGACUCACACAUACAUGCAAACUAAAUGCACAGACUUACUGUUCCCCCCCCCCCUCCCCCCAAAAAAAGAAAUAAAGAAUAAAAUCUGGGAACUUGAGGAGAAACACCCCCUGGGCCUCAGCAGUAAGAGGAGGAAGACGAUUCUUGGACUUUUUUUUAGUUUUGUUUCGUUUAAAUGUCUCCUUGAGACCUGUCUCUUCCUUCCCUUCUGUGAGUGUCUGUGUGCUAUAAGGAGGCAGAGAAGUGUGGGGGAAGAUCCUUCCUCCUCUCAGCAACGCCGUUCUCUCAGCAGUGGCUCACAGGCACAUGCUUCCCAUGAUCCUCUGGGCACUGAUCUGAGAUCAGCAUUGCUGAGGAGGAGGAGACUGCAGACCAGAUUUAGCGCGAUAGGUGACCCACGCUAACAGUAACUAUGAGAGCAGGAGGGAUGGGGGGGGAGAGAGAGGAGAGGGAGAAGGGAAUGGACUGAGUUUAAAAUGGACACAAUGGAAGACAAAUCAAUGGUUUUUGAAGACUACGGUCACGGCUUACAGGAUAAAUCAAUUGCUAAUUUCAGUUAAAUGGUUUCUCUCUGCGGACAUAUAUGUCUGUGAGUGUGUGUAUGUACAUGUUUUGUGUGUGUGUGUGUAUUAUCAAUAUACACACAUGCAUUAUACAGACACAUAUACGCUCAUGCAUAUAUAUAUGUACAGAUGUUUUUGUUUCAGUGUUGUUUUUAAAUUUUUUAUGCUAUUUUAUUGUUUCCCUGUGUGCCUCAGACACUUUUAAAGAAAAUUAAAUGAAUAAUAUAAAACCGCAUAAAGAAAAAUACGCAAUUCUGAGGCUAAAGAAAAAUGAAACGUUUUUCUUUUUGAAAAAAAAAAAAAUCAAAAACAAGCAGGAAGGAUAUUGAUGCUGUUGACUUUGCCAUUGUGUUACGUCUUCAUUAUAAUGGUAUACGUUGUACAUAAAUAAACACCAGUAGCCUCUCUUGCCA